AAUUUUCGUCCCUGCGUUGACCUUGCACAGUGGUACUGUUUUAAAACGUGAAUGUUGUAAUAGUAAAUUUGCCUCUAUUUUCCAUGGAAUACAUUCCAAGUACACUACAAACGGUGGAUAAAGCCUAAAAGAGCUUUAAAAACUGCGUAAUAGUAACUUGCAAUGGAAAUCUUUCGUGUUUGCGCACUAAUAUUUUCUUUAGAGUGACGUCAAAAAGUAGUUCAAAGAUAAAUUAUUGAAUAAUGCAGCAUCCUGAAAUAGCUGUGUUCUGCACGAAAGGCCUUCUUACAGUCUGGAUAUGGUGAAAAUUUUUAAAUUGUGAUGUGACAUCGAAAUCAUGAACGCAUAGCCUAACCCAUUGCGCAAAAUCCAAGAUGGUUGUAAGUCGUGAAUUGUGUGUAUAGUUUUCUGUACAGUAGUAGCGAGUAACUUUUUUUAAUGUUGUACAUACGAUGUUUCAUAGUUUGUAACCUCAACUAAUAUAUGCCCGUGUGGCAUGACAUAACGUUUCCGCGUUAACAAGUUUUCGUUUCAAGUAUGGGCAGCAAUGCAGAAAUCAUGGAAUCGGACGGGCCUGUUGCACCACAAGUUCAGUCACCAAUUUGCCCAGGUGCGACGAGGUCGGAAUUUAAUUGCCUGCAAGCCUUGGAUGAUUCUAAAAUAGCAGCAGAAGAUACGAACUGCAACUUGACCAUCAUGCUUUCAGCGCAAAAGAUGACAUCGGACGAAGAAGGAAGAGGCCCAGCACAACUUUGUUCUCAUUUCAAAGAAAAAUUAAACCUGAAAGGUGGUCAGGGUGUGAACGGUAUCGUUAAUGGUUUAUCUGUUAAUAUUGAUAUACCCAGAGCAGGAGAGAUUGAACAGAAGACUGCGUCAAUCGAAAAAACAGUGAAAUCAGAGCACUCGUCUAGUCAUUGUGAUAAAUGUGAAAAUGAGCGUCGGAAUAGUGCAAGUACAGACAGUUCGACUGAAUCAAAUUGUGUAAAUAGUCAUGAAGACAGUAUAGGUAAAUCAUGUGAAAAUGGUGAACAUAAGAACGAAAGUAUGAGUGAUGUAACAUCAGAAACUGGAAGUGGAGAUGUUGCAUAUGUAUCUUACAAAUCGGAGCUGCAAAUGCCUGAUAUUAUGAGGCUUAUUCAGAAAGACUUGUCGGAACCAUAUUCCAUAUAUACUUACAGAUAUUUCAUUCACAACUGGCCAAAACUGUGUUUCUUGGCUAUGGACGGUGGCAAAUGUGUGGGUGCAAUUGUUUGCAAGCUCGAUGUACAUCGCAAGGUUGUCAAGAGAGGAUACAUUGCCAUGCUUGCCGUUGAUGAAAAGUAUAGAAAAAGAAAAAUAGGUUCCAAUCUGGUGUUGAAAGCAAUCCGAGCCAUGGUCGAGGAUGAGGCAGAUGAGGUUGUGUUGGAGACAGAAAUUACGAACCGCCCUGCCCUGCGACUGUAUGAAAAUCUGGGCUUCGUUCGUGACAAGCGCCUUUUCCGUUAUUACCUGAAUGGUGUGGAUGCUCUUAGAUUAAAGUUGUGGCUGCGAUGAGUUAUUUGCUGUGGAACUUAUAAAACUCAGGAAAAUUUACCUACCUUAAUGUGUUAUGGAACAGUGAAAAUGCAAGUGUGCUCUAUCUCAUUCCACCAGUUUGUUUCUCCUUUGAACGUGCCAGGCAAAUCAUUUUGGCAGCUUGUCAGAGUUGCCUGGCACUUCAAAAAUGAUGAAAUAAUAUUUAAAAGGAGCUAACUUGGUAAAUAGUGCUGCAGUACACCUAUAUUAAACAUCAUAAGUCAGUGAACAUCUGCCCAUUGCAGCCGUACAAUAGAACUGUGAGGACAGUCAAAAGAUUCCUUGCUUUCAGAAAGCAAACACUUGACGGCUGUGAAAUUUAUGAUUAUCGGAUGUUUGCGGCAGUUUGUUAGUUGGCAGCAUGUGGAAAGAACCUCGAGACAGUUGUACGUGCCAGAUAAAAUGUGAAGAAUUAUCUGUGUUUGUGAAAUGUUUUAAAGGACCUUUAACGUUAUUAUAUCUCUCGAAGUUUUGGUGAUUUCCAGAUCCUGUAACCUUAUUUUUCCCCUCUAAAUUAUGCACAUUUUAAAUGUGAGUUCAUCCCUGUUAUAAGAUUUAUGACUUGUUAAAAAUAUUGUUCUGAUUUCCUGUGAAUCACUGUUUACUUUGACAGGUGGUUGUUACUGGCCGAACAUUAUUAUGAAAGUAAAUUUUGAUGAACUGGGUAUGUUUUGUGCAUUACAAUUACCUGGUUUUAAUGUUUCCAGAUAUAUUUGUUGUAUUCACAUUUCAUUUAGCUGAACUGCAAAUAUAUGCCUAAUGUUUGCUGAGACUCGUCUUCCAAAGUCUUGUGUUUCCUAGUACUAUACCAGCCUUCCUAAUUUUGCUUGCAAAGAAAUCCCUUAAAAUCAGACGUUUGCAGAAUGCAAACAACUCUUGGACUGAAUGUUGGACGUCAAACCAUUUGCUGCAUAAUAGAUUCAUGCUUUUGGAGGAUAUCUUAAAAGUACUACAUAAUCUCAGUUUAACAAUAAUUUGAGAUAGCUUUUUGCAUUGGAAAAUAAAUUAUUUUAAUCUGUCAAAAGUUUUGUACUUUAGUCAUUGCUAUUGUCUGUGAUAUUAAAAGCCCAGUUAUCACUAUGAAUUUCUUAACUGACUAGUCUUGGAACUGAUAGCACUAUUGAUUGUGCCUACAAGUGGAAUUGUGUAUUGUGUGAAUUUAUUUACAAAUACGGACUCUAGACACUGUGCUUCUGUAUCUUCUUCCUUUCACCUGUAGUAUGGAAGGAGGCAUAAGCACAUGGUCUUUUUUUAUUUUUGUCCACAGGUCACACAUUUUAUGUAUGAGCUGAAUGUAAAUGCACAGCAAAUUGGCCCACCACAAUUGGAAUGUUAAUAUCCACAGUUGCCGUUAUCCUCGUUCUUAGAUGUUUCUAACCUUGUCAUGUUGUGAUUUGAAAUAUAUUUGUUUUGCUAGAAAUUUUUUUUAUCAGUUUUUUCCAGUUUUCAUACAGUUUCAGGGGAUAACCAUUGAAACACAGUAUACAACGUUCUUCAGAGCAAUUAACAUCUAACACUUCAUUUGGCAUGCAGUGUUGUUUAGGUUCAGCUUGUGGUUCUUUGUUGGAAAAUAUUGUAUAAUUUAACACAGUAUUACAGUUAUAUACAAUACAAAUACAUGUGCCAAGUGAGUGUGCUUUGGUCAGUAUUCUGUAUAUUUUAAAGAAACUGAAGCUCAAAGCUGCAAGUUUAUGUUGUUUGUGCAUCUGUGGAUUUUUCUGCAAAAUUCAUUUUCGAAAUAAAGAUUCUUUUGAAAUAUCCAUUUAGCGAACUUCAGAUUUCAACCAUGUGUUGGCAUAUUAUUUUUACUAAGGCUUUAUUUAUAAACUAAGUGGAGACUUUUGCCACCAUAAACUAUUUUACCUUUCUGGGCAGUCUAAGAAACCAAUUAUCAGUUUGUAAUUAAGCUUUUUCAUUUGCUGUAUUUCAAGACAAUGGCUUGUAACUUGUGUUGUGAACAUAAUUUGAGUUUGCCUACCAGUUUUCUUGUACUGUCACCCAAAAAUUCCAGUGGAAUUAAUGUUUCAAGACACUAAUGAAAACACUAACUUAGUGGCCACUUUGUGUGUAUAGUGUAAUACCGAUGCUCAGCUUCUUGUAUCUGCUGUAACAAUCUCUCAUUAUUUGUCCAUAUAAGUACCUGAAAUCUGGGAAAUAGUGCAUACAGUUAGAUUUUUAGAAAAUUGUGUAAUUAAUUAUUCCAACUACCUGAAUAAAGGGUUGCAUUUCAGCCACAGCAAUAUUAAAGAGAAAGACACAACAUAAUCAUGUUCUCUUUUGGCUGACAGUUAUGUUAAUUUCCAGCAAAACCCUUUUGUGGUUUAUGACUUUGAUGUUGAUCACAUUGCUUCCAUUUGUGGUAUAGACAAUAUUAUUGCUAUCAUAUACAUUAUCUUGCCACACACUACAGAGAACUUAUACUGAUGUUAAAUCUUUGUUCUGAUGGCAAGAAUUUUUUAUAGUUUAGCAUCCUUCUAAGUAUUUCAUUUAUAAUUCUUUGCUCUCAUGUUUUGUUUGUGACUUUUGUUGCUUUGAAUUAAUACUAAUCCAGUUCCAAAUAACAUUCGUCCUCAUUUAACAUACUUUGACUGUUGUUGUGUCAUAAUUCACCAUGUUCCAGUAUUGCAUGACAGAUCCUUAAUCAUUAAACAGUUUCAUUUUAUCCUUUUUUUUUUUAAAUAUUUUUGUUUUAAUGUAAAAGAUGCCAUUUAUGUUUCUUGAUGUAUUCAGGUCACACAAAAAAUUUAAGAGAGACAACGUCUGUUUCCCAGAGCUCACAUCCAGUCUCCUAGCAAUGUCAUGGUGCUACAGUUUUGUGCUAACAUACUAUAAAAAGAAAAAUUUUUAAAACUUCUAUUUUUCCAUCAGACUAAAAGAUGUUCGCAAAUGGAGCAGGGACAUAGUGUUUGCUGCAAAUCACAGGCAGGCCUGAAUUUCAUUGUGGCAGAUGCUUUCAAUUUACAAUGAAGCCCCCCCCCCCCCCUCUCUCUCUCUCUCUCUCUCUCUCUCUCUCUCUCUCUCUCUCUCUCUCUCUCAUGUAAAAUAUCUGCGUGCCACGGGGGACUGAGCUGCUAAAAAAAAAAUGAGUUGUGCAUAUAAAGGAUGUCUUUUUACUUCAUCACACAUGUGAGGAAGAGAGAACCAAACCAAAAGAAUAGUUU